AUGAGCAUCUCUAACAUUGACCCGGUGUUGCCAACGAAUGGCUUGCAGCAACUCCGUGCUGCGAUUGAAAACAUCUUACCUGAUGGGCAAGCCGUUCCAUCAUCGUCUUCAUCUACUCAGUCGGAGUCCACGUCCCCUUCUGCACCCUCCGUGGCAUCAACAGUUGCAUCGUCCCCACCUUCACCCGAUCUGUUCCUUGAAAAGAAAAUAUUAUUAAGUGAAUUGAGCCAUUUUAUUCCCGUGGGGAUUCUGCAAAGAUUUGAUGGCCUGGCCAGUAGCCAGGAUCCAAAUGCUCUAGUACGGAAGUCGACAUCUUCCUACCCAGAAGCCGAGCUCUCGCAGCUAGAACAAAACAAUUGGAUUCGAACGUCUAUCUGCCAAAACGCCAAGUUUCCUGGGUGGAGCGCUGUCCGCAUCUACGCUCUUCCUGAUGACGUUGGGAGGAAACAUGUCCAGCGAUCAAACGGCACGUUAAGGGGGUUUCUUAAACUAGUGAUGUCAAAAUUGGACACAUCGACCGAGGCAUGGGAAGGCAACUUCGACCCCUAUGCACAGCCAGAUGUGGGAGCGGUGGAGGACGAGUCCUUAUUCUACAUUUUUAAUACCCUUGACUCGCCCAGUCCUGAUAUUGAAAAGGUUUCUGAUCCCCACGCCAGGGCUGCGAUGGACGAGGUUCUUUGGAAAGUGCACGACUACGUCGGAGGACCUGAUGAAAAUAUAGGCGUUAUUGGUCUGAAAACUCCUCUGUAUGCCUACCAACGCCGUUCUGCAGCUUAUAUGAUUCAGAGAGAGUCGGAGCCUGCACAGACGUUGGAUCCUCGUCUACAAACCCUCCAUGGCCCGACGGGAAAACUGUAUUAUUACGAUAAAGAAGGUUAUAUUUUUCGUGAGAAACGACUGUACUCUGAGGCUUGUGGCGGCAUCUUGGCGGAAACUAUGGGGUACGGCAAAACCCUGAUAUGUUUGGCCGUUAUACUUGCAACUAGGGGUCAUUUCCCUCGUAUUCCACCUUCCCAUACAGAGGGUCUUCGUCGUGUCCGUAACAAAACAGGGUCAUUACUUGAAAUGGCUGCAGCAACUGCAGGCCGUUUCUCUCUCCCGUGGAAGUCGUAUUUUGAGAGAUUAAACGCUUCGGGGAUGUAUUUUGACAAUUGCAUAUCGGCGUGUGAAGCAAAUCGUGGAAGCUAUGAGAUAUCUAGGCCACCUCAGAGGUAUAGAAGUCGGGAAACGACACCCAAAGUGGCAGCUACUAAAUUGCAGCUAUGUUCCGGCACCCUUAUCAUCGUGCCGUCAAACUUGGUUGACCACUGGUUAAGUGAAAUUGACAAGCAUACUCAGGGUCUGAAGGUACUUGUUCUCCGUGACAGUCGUUGUGCAACUCCCCAACCAGAGAAAUUGCUCGAAUAUGAUAUUCUAUUAUUUUCAAAGCCACGUUUCGAGUGGGAAGCUGGUGGGCGGCGUUCCUUGGGUUUGUCGAUGGAACCGACGGAAGAAUCUCCACUAAAAAAGCUACACUGGCUUCGCGUCAUAGUCGAUGAAGGUCAUAAUUUCGCCGCUAAAGGUGGGCGAAGUACGGCUGCUCAUACUCUUGGUCAACUCCACAUUGAGCGACGUUGGGUUGUCUCAGGUACCCCUUCGCGUGGACUAUAUGGCAUUGAAGUGGCGCUAGCCUCUCAGGAGACUGCCGAGGGAGGACCUGACAAGCAAGAAAGAGAUGCAUUCUCCAUUUUACAAGCUCGAAAAAAGUCUGCCAAUUUUUUGGAGGAAGAGCUAAAAAACAUUGAUAGACUCCGAUCCAUCGUUGUUGACUUCCUUGGCCUGAAGCCUUGGUCAAACUCAAGGGCAGACGACCCAGCCAGCUGGACCAAAUAUAUCAAGCCUGUUGGUCUGGAUGGGAAUCGCAGAGCUUCGCCGUCUCUCCGAUCUACACUCCAAUCCCUGGUGGUACGGCAUCGAGCGGAGGAUGUAAAUAGGGAUCUAACCUUGCCUAAGCUGCACAACAAGGUGGCCUACUUGGAACCCUCAUUCUACGACAAAUUGUCUCUCAACCUUUACAUAUUCACUCUUACAGUCAAUGCUAUCACUUCUGAGCGGACGGGUGAAGAUUACAUGUUCCAUCCGAAGAAUCGCAAGCAUUUAAGUGUCCUCAUUAACAAUCUGCGACAUGCUGGUUUCUGGGCUGGGUUUGAAAAAAUGGAGGUACAGAAGUCAAUAGAUGUAGCUCAGGAAUAUCUCGAAAAAAAUUACGACAAGAUUGACCCUGUUGACAAAAGGAGGCUGUGCGAGGCCAUUACCGUCGCCCAAAGGGCAGUAAACUGCAGUUCUUGGAACGCUCUUAGUAAAUUUACCGAGCUGGGUGUUUUCCUGGACAACUUUCCAGAUCACGCACGAGGUAUCGUUGGUGCCGGAAUUCGGACGCGAAGUCAAAUGCGUGGGCGAGGGAGCUCACAGGUUAAAAAGUCCAAUGAUAACCUCGUUCACCAGCCAAAACCUGAAGGAAUCGAGAGAGAAAGAGAAAAUCAUUAUUUUCUACGAGGGAAUAACACGGGCUUCUACAUUGCGGAAGGGCUUGAGCUUCUUGGUGUCGAAUUCCGAAUUUAUGCAAAUACUUUGAAAACGAAGACACGGUCGGAAUAUCUCUCGCUGUUUAACGAAACGGAAUCUGUUCGGGUCUUACUUAUGGACCUUCGUCAAGCCGCUCAUGGUCUUCAUAUCGCUUGUGCCUCGCGAGUUUUUAUCGUGAAUCCGAUUUGGGAUCCCAACUUUGAAAGCCAAGCAAUCAAACGAGCUCACCGUAUCUCGCAGAACAAACCUGUUUACGUAGAAACCCUUGUUCUUAAAGGUACACUGGAAGACAGGAUGCUAAGGCGAAGGAAACAAAUGUCGAAUGCAGAAUUGCGACACGCGGAGAAGGAUCCGUUAGACGACCGCACGAUGAGCGACAUCAUUCAGACCGAAGAGGUAAUCCCUAUCCCCGAAAGCGAUGCCUCUGAGAGACCAGCAUACUUGAAAAUGCCUGUCGGCUUUUUCGAUCGCCACAGAUUACCAAUUCCUGACAAUCACCUGGAUGAAGAUGUCCGUUCUGUGCCGCCGCUAUCUCUGCCAUCAGCACCACCAGUGUCUCUUGACUUAGUGGCGACCGCCAAUAAGAAACGAAAACUCGUCGGAGAGUUCCCUUGGAUAGAAUCGGAUGUCGAAAAUUCAUCGGAGUCUAGUCCAAACAGACGGAAACGUAAACCGAGACAAUCGAACGGAAAUUUGGAGACGAUCAAUGGCAUCGUGAUGGAAGCUCGCCGAACGAGAACACCACCCUCUCGGCGUGUUGCGGCCUCCCAAGCUGGAUUUCAGACUUAA